GGACAGUUCCCGUGAAAAGGCUGUACGUGUUUUUUUCACCCAUACUCUUCUGCAAAGCGCUAAUUCCUCAAGGAGUGAAUAUCGUCUCUCUUCUUCUUCUUCUUCAAGGAGUAAAUAAAAGUAUGAACUCUCCACUUCUCAUCUCUCAACAACGAAGUGGCGCUUUUUUGUGAGUGAGAGAUAUAGAGGGACGAGAGAGAGAAAAGGGAGAACUGAGAGAGAGAGAGAGAGAGAGAGAGACGAGGAGGAGGAAUGGAGAGGAAGGUAAUAGUGAUUUGCUCUAUUUUGGGAUUACUAGGGCUUUUAUCUGCUGCUACGGAUUUUGCUGCGGAAGCCAUGAGGACAAAGGGUUCUCAAAUUCAGCCAACCUCUCCUACAUGUACAUACUCCAGCAGUACAGCUCUGGUUCUUGGAUUUAUUUCCAACAUGGCUCUUUCGGUUGCUCAAAUUAUCAUCAAUGUCACAACUGGGUGUUUUUGUUGCAAAAGAGAUCCUCAUCUAUCAGACUCUGAUCCGACGUUAGCGCACAUCUGCUGUGUUGUCUCCGGGUUCACAUUUGUCAUAGCACUCCUUCUGUACUAUGGCAGCUACUACUGCUAUCUCGUGUGGCCCGGAGUCUUUGCUGGUGCUGCUAUGUUGUCCCUUGCCACUGUGAUGCUCAAUAUUGUGUAUUAUCUUGUCUUGUAUUUGGCAAAGAACAAAACUGAUGCUUCACGGGUUGGGCCUGCUGCUGCUGCUCCUAAUCAUGCCGGCAUUGCAUUGGGGCAAGCACAAUUUCCUCCACCAAACACCCAAGCUCCAGUUUUUGUCCAUGAAGAUACUUAUAUAAGGCGUCAGUUUCCUUAGAUUUGUUUAGGUUAGGUUAGGGGUGUUUUAGAAUGAUGCAAAGAAGAUACCUUGAUAGGUUUGGAAGAUAGAACAUGAAGAGCCGUGGAGUAAAUAUAUCAUAUGUUCAUUGAUCAAGUCAUUUCAAUGAAAUAGGUUUGAGAAAUUCUAAGUGCAAAGAAAGCAUACCCGGAAAUUACUCCGAAAGGCUAACCCAAAAAAAAAAAAUUAUCCCAAAAUGGCAAAUCAAUGUACCGUUGAUUUGCCAUUUCAGGGUAAUUUUCGGGUACAUUUUUUUUGUACUUAGCACUUCUCAAUAGUUUUAUUGCUGUCAUGAUGUAUAAUAUAAUAUCACAUAUGUGAUGGUGUUAUGUGAAAUAAUCGAAAGCUAAAGAGCCAUUAAAUAU